CUUCUCCUUCUCCUGUCUUUUCAUUUUGUUCUUUUUGUUCGCCAUUUGCGUCUUUCACAUAUCGGACCCACCUUUAGGAAUCUUGAAAUAUUUUCGUAUAAGAGCCUCAGCUUCAUCGAUCAGAGGAUGAAAGAAACAGACCAUAGAAAGAAAGAGGGAGAAAAAGAGAUAACGAUGGAGAUGAAGAGAGACCUUAGAGUGGAGGAAGAGAACAUGUGUACGUCGUUGUUGACUGCAUUUGUUGUUCUCUCAAUGGCUUGUCUAAAACAUUUCUACUCUGUAUCUUAUUUGAUCGAGCAAUGGCGUUCUUUGGUGUUUCUACUACUCAACGUCGUCCUCUUAGCCGUUUACUUCACAUCGACUCGUCCUGGGUCCGGCGAGACUCGUCACGAUUUCAAGACUCGUCGAGGAGGUACGUUGAGGAUGAUGCGAGAGAGGAAGAGUAAGAAGACCAAGAAGACAAGGGUAGUGGAGCCUAAAGAAGUGAUCAAGAACUGUGUCCUGGAGGAGACGAAAAGGGUUUGUCCUGAAAAAGCUGUGAAAGAUUGUUUGCUCCACAAGAAUCUCGUAGAUGAAAAAGAAAAAGAAGAUGAAUUUGAGCCAGGGAGGUUAUCAAAUGAGGAGCUGAACGAGAGAGUAGAGGCGUUCAUCACAACGUUCAGACAACAUUUGGUGCUCGAUGCAAGAAGAGGUAGAGAUAGAGAAACUAACCAGAAGAUGAGAACAAAAGACUGUGACAUUAGCUUUAUAAGUCGGGAGGUCACUUGUUCUGUUUAAGAGUUCCUCUGCAAAUUUUUUUUGUAACUGAUGUAAUGUCAUAGGAGCAUAAAGACUAUAUUGAAACAUGUAGCUUCAGUAUCUCUAUAGGCUUUCACUAAAGUUGUUUAGAAAUGAGAAAAAAAUAGUUUAUAGUCUA